AGUCGCGGCGGCGGCGGCUGGACGGGAGCGGAGCGGAGCCGAGCCGCGCUGCCAGCCCGCCCCGUCCCAUCCCGACCCGAGCUGGGGCAGCGCCGGGGAGGGAGGGGAAGGGGUCGGGGUGGUGCUGGUGGUGGUGGUGGGGUGGGGGAGAAGCACCCGCGGCCCCAUGCGCUGAGUGAGGGGCUGCGGGAUGGGGCUGCGGGGCGGUGGCGGCUGGGCUGGCCGCUCUGGGGCGCCGGCUCCCGGCUGGACGUGCCUGCUGCUGCUGCUGCUGCUGUGUGCAGCGCUCCGGAGCCUGCUGGCCAGCCCCGGCAGCGAGGUGAAUUUACUGGACUCACGCACAGUGAUGGGGGAUCUAGGAUGGAUAGCCUACCCAAAAAAUGGGUGGGAAGAAAUUGGUGAGGUGGAUGAAAACUAUGCUCCGAUACACACAUACCAAGUAUGCAAGGUAAUGGAACAGAAUCAGAACAACUGGCUUCUGACCAGCUGGAUCUCUAACCAAGGGGCAUCCCGCAUUUUCAUCGAGCUCAAAUUCACCCUGAGGGACUGUAACAGCCUUCCAGGAGGACUCGGGACUUGCAAAGAGACUUUUAACAUGUACUACUUUGAGUCGGAUGACGAAGAUGGGAGGAACAUCAGAGAGAAUCAGUAUAUCAAGAUCGAUACCAUUGCUGCUGAUGAGAGCUUCACAGAGCUAGACCUUGGCGACAGAGUUAUGAAGCUAAACACAGAGGUGAGAGACGUCGGGCCCCUGACCAAAAAGGGAUUUUACCUUGCUUUCCAGGACGUGGGUGCCUGCAUCGCCCUGGUCUCUGUGCGCGUGUACUACAAGAAAUGCCCGUCAGUGGUCCGCAACCUGGCCCGCUUUCCAGACACCAUCACGGGAGCAGAUUCCUCACAGCUGCUAGAAGUCUCAGGCGUCUGUGUCAACCACUCGGUGACCGACGAGGCGCCCAAGAUGCACUGCAGUGCUGAGGGAGAAUGGCUGGUGCCCAUCGGGAAGUGCUUGUGCAAGGCAGGCUACGAGGAGAAGAACAACACCUGCCAAGUAUGCAGACCUGGGUUCUUCAAAGCUUCACCCCACAGUCCAUCCUGCAGCAAAUGUCCCCCUCACAGCUACACGCUUGAUGAAGCAUCCACAUCUUGCCUGUGUGAAGAGCACUAUUUUAGGAGGGAAUCAGACCCACCUACAAUGGCCUGUACAAGACCCCCCUCUGCUCCUCGGAGUGCCAUCUCAAAUGUUAACGAGACUAGUGUCUUUCUGGAAUGGAUUCCCCCUGCUGAUACUGGUGGAAGGAAAGAUGUGUCUUAUUAUAUUGCAUGCAAGAAGUGCAACUCACACUCAGGUCUGUGCGAGGCGUGUGGCGGUCAUGUCAGGUACCUCCCCCAGCAAACCGGCCUGAAAAACACCUCUGUCAUGAUGGUGGAUCUGCUUGCUCAUACAAACUAUACCUUUGAAAUUGAGGCAGUGAAUGGAGUGUCCGACCAGAACCCAGGAGCCCGGCAGUUUGUUUCUGUAAAUGUAACCACAAACCAGGCAGCACCUUCUCCAGUCAGUAGUGUGAAAAAAGGGAAGAUAACUAAAAAUAGCAUCUCCCUUUCCUGGCAGGAGCCAGAUCGACCCAACGGCAUCAUCCUGGAAUACGAAAUCAAAUAUUUUGAAAAGGACCAGGAGACGAGCUACACCAUCAUCAAGUCCAAAGAGACGAUGAUCACAGCAGAUGGCUUGAAACCAGGCUCAGCGUACGUCUUCCAGAUCCGAGCCCGGACAGCUGCUGGCUACGGUGGCUUCAGCCGAAGAUUUGAGUUUGAAACCAGCCCCGUGUCAGUAGCUGCAUCCAGCGACCAGAGCCAGAUUCCUAUAAUUGUUGUGUCUGUAACAGUGGGAGUUAUUCUGCUGGCUGUUGUUAUCGGUUUCCUUCUCAGUGGAAGUUGCUGCGAUCAUGGCUGUGGGUGGGCUUCUUCUCUGCGUGCUGUUGCCUAUCCGAGCCUAACAUGGCGAUGUGGUUAUAGCAAGGCUAAACAAGAUCCAGAAGAAGAAAAGAUGCAUUUUCAUAAUGGCCACAUUAAACUGCCUGGAGUAAGAACCUACAUUGACCCCCACACCUACGAGGACCCUAAUCAAGCCGUCCACGAGUUUGCCAAGGAAAUAGAAGCUUCGUGCAUAACCAUCGAGAGAGUUAUUGGAGCUGGUGAAUUUGGAGAAGUCUGCAGCGGGCGGCUGAAAUUACAGGGAAAACGUGAAUUCCCAGUGGCAAUCAAAACCCUGAAGGUGGGCUAUACAGAGAAGCAAAGACGAGAUUUCCUGGGAGAAGCAAGUAUUAUGGGCCAGUUCGAUCACCCCAAUAUCAUCCACCUGGAAGGCGUCGUCACAAAAAGCAAACCGGUAAUGAUAGUGACAGAAUAUAUGGAGAAUGGCUCUCUGGAUACAUUUUUAAAGAAGAACGACGGGCAGUUCACGGUCAUUCAGCUGGUCGGGAUGCUGCGAGGCAUCGCGUCAGGAAUGAAAUACCUGUCUGACAUGGGUUACGUGCACAGGGAUCUCGCUGCCAGGAAUAUCCUAAUCAACAGCAACUUAGUCUGCAAGGUGUCCGACUUUGGCCUCUCCAGAGUCCUAGAAGAUGACCCUGAAGCAGCAUACACUACCAGGGGAGGGAAGAUCCCCAUCCGAUGGACGGCACCUGAGGCAAUCGCCUUCCGGAAAUUCACGUCGGCCAGCGAUGUCUGGAGCUACGGCAUCGUGAUGUGGGAGGUGAUGUCCUACGGCGAGAGACCUUACUGGGAAAUGACAAACCAAGAUGUGAUUAAAGCCGUGGAGGAAGGCUAUCGCCUGCCAAGUCCCAUGGACUGCCCUGCUGCUCUCUACCAGCUAAUGCUCGACUGCUGGCAGAAAGACCGCAACAGCAGGCCCAAGUUUGACGAAAUUGUCAGCAUGUUGGACAAACUCAUCCGUAACCCAAGCAGCUUGAAGACGCUGGUUAAUGCAUCGAGCAGAGUAUCAAAUCUGUUGGUAGAACACAGUCCGGUGGGGAGCGGUGCCUACAGGUCAGUGGGAGAGUGGCUGGAAGCCAUCAAAAUGGGCCGGUACACCGAGAUUUUCAUGGAGAACGGAUACAGUUCGAUGGACGCCGUGGCUCAGGUGACCCUAGAGGAUUUGAGGCGGCUGGGCGUGACACUUGUUGGUCACCAGAAGAAGAUAAUGAACAGCCUUCAAGAGAUGAAGGUCCAGUUGGUGAAUGGGAUGGUGCCGUUGUAACUCGGUUUUAAAGUCACUUCCUCGAGUGGUCGGUCCUGCACUUUGUAUACUAGCCCUGAGAUUUAUUUUGACUAAAGAAAAAAGGGAAAUUCAGUGGUUUCUAUAACUGAAGGACGUUGGCCUCUGCCACAGCGUUUAUAAAGCAGUGUUUGACUAAAGUUUUCAUUUUCUUCCUAUUUGUGUCCUCAUUUUCAUGAAGUAAAUGUAACAUGCAUGGAACAUGGAAAUGGAUCUACUGUACAUGAGGUUAACCUGAUUUCUUACGCUUCAGCGACGACAACAGCAAGCCUUCCCACCACAUGUUGUCUGUACAUGGGAUAUAUAUAUAGCACCUUUAUAUACUGAACUACAGCAGCACAUGUUAAUACUUCCAAGGACUUACUUGAAUGGAGAAGUUUUGCAGCUGUUUGUGGGCUCGCAAAAGCUGCGCUUCACUGAAGUUUACUUCGAGUCUUACUUGUCUACAGAAGUGUAUUGAAGAGCAAUAUGAUUAGAUUAUUUCUGGAUAGAUAUUUUGUUUUGUAAAUUUAAAAAAAAAAAUGCUGUUACACAGCGUUAAGUUAUAGAGACUAGUGUAUAAACAUGUUGCUUACUCAAUGGCAAAUACAAUACAGGGUGUAUAUUUUUUUUCUCUCUGUGUUACAAAGUUCUUUUAGUUUGCUCUUCUGUGAGGAUAAUACAUGACGAUGUAUAUACUGUACAGUUUGCUAUACAUCAGGUACAAGAUUGGGGUUUUUUCAUCGUUUUGUUCUUUUUCCCUUGUUUGCUUCAUUUUGUUUUUGUUUUUGUUUUUUUUUUUUCUCUUUUGUGUUACCAUUAUGCUUUGUAUUUUUGCUGCUGUUUGGUUUGAGCAACAUGUAAAGCCUUCGGGAAUUUUGAUUUGCAUAUAUGAGGUAGAAGGAGUCUGCUCAAAUAAAGGAUGUCACCCACCUUCUUCUCCACUGUGAGCUGGGGCCAUCCAGAAGAAGAGAAGUAAAGUGGGAGUUAAAGCAUCCAGCUCUCACCCUGCCUCAGUGGCAGUGUGGCAUCUGUGUUCCCUUGGUGUGUCUGAUAACCUGCCCCUAGCCUACCCCUUCCCCAUGUGUCCCCGUCAUCCAGCAUUGGGAUUUCACGGCAUUUCCCCCACACUGUGGCUAGGAAAGCAGGGGAGGUUGCCUUUCAGCUCAGACACCCUCUGUGUCCCUUGGGGAAGUUAGGCAGGUUGGCCCCAAAACCCCUGAUCCCUCUUACAGAAAUGGGUACAGAUCUGGCCACUUUGGUUCAGAGCACAGAGAGGAAGGUGAAGGAGAGCAGCCCGACCUGGUCACAGUCCCACAGUCGGUGUCAUCUGCCCGAAGCUGACACAGCUUGAGUCAGUCCUGGGUUGUAGCCAGCAUUCAGUGAGUACAUCAAAGCCCGAAGCUGCUGUUUUCAGGGUGUCCUGAGGGCAGCAGAGAGAUGCCCAGUGCUCUGGAAAUCCUAUCAAGGAACAGUUUGGGGCUAUCCUCCUCUGUUUGCUGUAGAUGGGAUUAAUCGGUGCAGUUAUUUUGGUAUUCAUAGGUUGUUUUGUGAAGACUUCGGUAAAGAUAAGGAUUAAAAACUGCUCGGCGGAUGGCGAGUGUGUGCUGUUUCUGUAGAUGUAUUGCUUCCGUGGAGGCGUUGGAUAGCAUCUCGGAGUGUUAUUCCUCAACGAUAACAUCGACGUGUUGGCGUAGGGCUUCAUCCCCCGGCGCUGCAGAACAGAGCCCAAGCACCCUAUCUAAUGCCCAGAGGCAGCUGCUUUCCUUCACCGCUUGCAGAAGCACGUGUUGAAUGCCACUUCAGCUGGCUUUAAAGGUCUUUAAUUUCCUCAGAGCCCUUUGAUGAGAUUUGACGCAAGUAGCACUUUCUGAAGAAAAGGGGUAGGGAAAGGUCUAGGAGGGGAGGGUUUGAGGGGGGUUCUUAGCAGCAGGGCUUUGCUUUCUUUCCACAGGGCUUCUCGAUGCAGAAUGUGCCCAUUUUGAAAUGAUGUGCACGCUCUGUAACAUCCAGUUCUCCUCCACGCCGCCUUGCCAUGAGGCACGGGCAAGGUACGAAGGAUCAGGAGGAAGCAUUGGCAUGUGGGAGGGCAGGAGGGAGGGCUGGCAACGCAGGAAAAGGCAACACAAGAAACAGGACGGGGACAAGUCAUGGGGCGAGAUGCAGCAAGGCAGAAGGGGAAAGGCAGAAGGCCUGGCGAAUCUCCACAGUGUGAUUUCUCACCCCGCUGUUUCGUUUUAUCAGCCACCAGGCCACAAAAGGCGGGGGGAGAAGGAAUCAAGACGUAACAAUUUCGGCACAUAAAAGAGAUUUGUCAAACAAUAAAUAACGUUAUUAGAGCUGUCAGCAGAGCUGUCUCGGGAUUAUUUGUGCCUCCCUGCCUGCAGUGCUUUGUAAAAUAACCCGUAGGAAGACAGAAGCAGCAACUCGUUUCUUUGGGAGGUAUCGUUCGGUCGCUGCAUGCAUCAAUCAGCUGCUCUGAGAGAGAUUUUAUUAGCAAAUUUCAGCACUUAGCCUUUCUGCCUGCUUUCUUCGGCCGUUCGUUAACUGCUGGCUCUGUGUGAGGAUUUGGGUUUGUUCUUUUCCAUGGACUUUUACCAGAAAAUCCCCUUUCGCCAUUUGUGGGUUUUUAAAGGCAUGUGCAGUACGGCUGGGACGCACCGCAUCGAGGUGAGCGUGAUGUGCUCGAUAUUCUGUAGUUGCUGCCAGAUACUGGAGCAACCUUCAGGAUACCCUUCAGAGGAACCCGUGGAAAAUGAACUGUUCUUCAGCCAGACUGCAUUUGUAAAUAGGGCACCUGCUCUCAGUUCCUUGAAUAAAUAAAUAAAUGACCUUUUAUAUUUAUUUCAAGAGCUGUUCUUGCUACAGGUCUCUUUAUUAUAGGCUUUGUCUCUGAACUGAAAAUAAAAUAAAUUGAUGUUUUAA